AUUUCUUUAUUAUUCCUUUUGUCAUGUUAUCGAGCCAAACAUGGCUCACUUGAGCACUCUAUCUUCUCCUUCUUCUUCCUCUGUUUCUGCUUCGGUUCCAUUAUCAUCAUCAUCAUCAUCAUCAUGGCUUCUUUACAACAGAAUGAGAAACCCUAUACUCCUCAAUCAUCCUCCACGGCGUCGUUUCUUGAGUUCAAGUCUCUAUUUUCCACUCCCCAGAAGCCGUUGUACGGUUUUCAGGACAAGUGAACUUGGGAUGAAGAAGUUCUGUACAGUUGCUGCUGCAGCUGCAUCAGAUAUUGCUGGUGAGUUCACUUCACCAGAGAUUGCUAAGUCAUUUGAUUUUGCUAAUGAGGAGCGGAUUUACAAGUGGUGGGAAUCUCGAGGAUAUUUCAAGCCAUGUUUCGAUAGGGGAAAGGAUUCUUUUGUAGUCCCAAUGCCUCCUCCUAAUGUAACUGGUUCUUUGCACAUGGGCCAUGCCAUGUUUGUUACUCUUGAGGAUAUUAUGGUUAGAUAUAAUCGCAUGAAAGGAAGACCUACACUUUGGCUCCCUGGAACUGACCAUGCCGGUAUUGCAACUCAGCUGGUAGUGGAGAGAAUGCUGGAAGCUGAAGGGAUUAGAAGGAUUGAUCUGGGCAGAGAAGAGUUCACGAAACGAGUCUGGGAGUGGAAAGAGAAGUAUGGUGGAACCAUCACAAAUCAGAUCAAAAGACUUGGCGCUUCUUGUGAUUGGAGUAGAGAAAGAUUCACGCUUGAUCCAGAGCUGAGCCGAGCGGUUGCAGAAGCCUUUGUUCGGCUUCAUGAGAAAGGAUUGAUUUAUCAAGGUUCAUAUAUGGUUAACUGGUCCCCAAAAUUACAGACUGCAGUUUCUGACUUGGAAGUGGAAUAUUCUGAAGAACCUGGGUCGCUAUAUUACAUCAAAUACCGUGUCGCUGGAGGUUCAAGGGAUGAUUGGUUGACAAUUGCUACCACACGUCCAGAGACAUUGUUUGGUGAUACAGCUGUUGCAGUGAAUCCAAAGGAUGAAAGGUAUUCUAAGUAUAUUGGAAAGAUGGCCAUUGUCCCUUUGACAUUUGGGCGACAUGUCCCAAUUAUUGCGGAUAAGUAUGUUGAUAAAGACUUUGGAACUGGUGUGUUAAAAAUAAGCCCUGGGCAUGAUCACAACGACUAUCUUCUUGCCCGGAAACUUGGUCUUCCCAUACUUACUGUGAUGAACAAGGAUGGAACACUUAACGAGGUUGCUGGACUGUACUCUGGUCUUGAUCGUUUUGAGGCUCGGAAGAAAGUUUGGUCAGAACUUGAGCUGACAGGGUUGGCUGUUAAAAAGGAGGAUCACACCUUACGAGUUCCCAGAUCACAACGUGGUGGAGAGAUAAUAGAGCCUCUCAUAAGUAAGCAGUGGUUCGUGACAAUGGAGCCGUUAGCUGAGAAGGCGCUAGAAGCAGUUAAAAAGGGAGAAUUGACUAUCAUGCCUGAAAGAUUCGAGAAGAUAUAUAAUCAUUGGCUGUCCAACAUCAAGGACUGGUGUAUAAGCAGGCAACUAUGGUGGGGACACCGUAUUCCUGUCUGGUAUAUAGUUGGUGAAGAUCCCGAAGAGGAAUAUAUAGUUGCUAAAAGUGGUGAAGAAGCUCUCAACAAAGCUUACCAAAAAUAUGGAAAAAAUGUUGAAAUAUAUCAGGAUCCAGAUGUUCUUGACACUUGGUUCUCGAGUGCUCUUUGGCCUUUCAGCACUCUUGGUUGGCCAGAUAUGUCAGCUGAAGAUCUCAAGCAAUUCUAUCCUACAUCAGUUUUGGAAACUGGGCACGACAUAUUGUUCUUUUGGGUUGCGAGAAUGGUGAUGAUGGGAAUUGAGUUUACCGGGACAGUUCCCUUCAGAAGUGUUUAUCUGCACGGACUUAUUCGGGAUUCUCAAGGUAGGAAGAUGUCAAAAACAUUGGGAAAUGUAAUAGAUCCACUUGAUACAAUCCAGGAGUUUGGGACUGAUGCUUUGAGAUUCACUCUUUCUUUAGGGACUGCUGGUCAGGAUCUAAAUUUAUCUACUGAGAGAUUGGCAUCUAACAAGGCCUUCACUAACAAAUUGUGGAAUGCUGGCAAGUUCAUUCUACAAAAUUUAUCUCAAAAUGACAUCUCUUCUAGAAAAGCUUUGGAGGCUCAUAAGUUUGAUACUGAGGAGUCUGUGCUCCAACUACCUCUGGCCGAAUGUUGGGUGGUAUCAAAACUUCAUGUGCUCAUUGACACAGUGACAGCUAGCUAUGAAAAAUAUUUCUUUGGAGAUGUUGCAAGAGAAUUAUACGAUUUCUUUUGGGCUGAUUUUGCUGAUUGGUACAUUGAAGCUAGUAAAGCUAGCCUUUAUCGAUCCGAUAGUCAGUCACGUGUUUUUAUAGCACAGAAAGUUCUUGUAUAUGUUUUCAGAAACAUUCUGAAACUUCUGCAUCCAUUUAUGCCAUUUGUAACAGAAGAGGUUUGGCAGGCACUACCUUCUGAAGAGGAAGCUAUAAUGAUAUCUGCUUGGCCUUCCAGUUCACUUCCAAGGAGUAUGGAGUCCAUUAAACGGUUUGAGAACUUGCAAGCUUUGACAAGAGCUAUUAGAAAUGUUCGAGCAGAAUACUCUGUUGAGCCAGCAAAGAAAAUAUCUGCUACCAUCGUUGCAAGCCCGGAAGUGCUUGAGUAUAUAUCGAGAGAGAAAGAAAUUCUAGCUCUUCUUUCUAGAUUGGAUUCAGUGCAGAUCAAGUUUUCUGAGGCAAUUCCAGGCAAUGCCAAUGAAUCUGUACAUGUUGUUGCAAGCGAAGGUCUCGAGGCAUAUCUUCCACUCGCUGAUAUGGUGGACAUCUCCGCUGAAGUAGAACGCAUUUCCAAACGCCUCUCCAAAAUGGAAGCCGAAUAUGCUGGAAUUAGAGCCCGUUUGAGUUCGUCUAGUUUUGUUGAGAAAGCUCCAAUGGACAUCGUCCAAGGCGUGAAAGAAAAAGAGAAAGAAUUGGAAGAAAAGUUGAAGCUAACGAGAAACCGCUUAUCCUUUCUCCAAUCGACAGUUUUAGUUCCAAAAUGAGAUCUUUUCCAUCAGCAAGGACAAUGGAAGAUUUGAUUCGGCAAAGUGUAGUUCUUAUGUUGCGAUUGCCUUUGAAGACUCUAUGGUGUGGUGAUUGGCGCUGAAAUGGAGAAUCAGUUGCGGUAUGGUGCAUAUCAUCCAAUGAUGGUGAAAACUAUAAAAUUUUUGGUGCUAUAUCUAUAUUUGUAUAUCAAUAUUCUUUUUGGAGGAAGUACGUAGGUGGAUCAGUCUAAUUCCCUGGGUUUCUAGCUAGGUUAGGUUCAUCCAAAAUGUAAAUUACAGCUGACAAAUUACAUAUAUGGAAGGCAGCAGUUUGUUGAUAUCAAGUGCUCUAUCAAUCACUUGGUCAAACUGAGGCAAAGCUGGACACAUUUUCUCGAGUGUUUUUAGCCGGGUUGGGAGAGGGAUAAUAAUUUGUGAUACCAUAUGAUAACAAUUUGUUAUAUGACAUGAGAAACAUAAAAAGAAAAUUAUAUGGCAAAAGUCUUGUAUCUUAUCACAAAUUUGUGUUACGGUAUGAGAAUAUGCCAAAAGUUACAUAGAAAUGG